CCUCUCCCUCUCCCUCUCCCUCUCCCUCUCCCUCUCUUUUAAGCUUUGGCCUUCUUCUCCUAAUUCCAAUUCCUUCUCCAGUGUUAGUUCAAUUCCUCUGCCUCCCUCCUAUCUCUUUCCUCCACAUUCUCGGGUUCCUCGUUCACUCGAAGCUCCUCCCACCGUCAAUUCCGCAGGCAGGAAGCCUUGCUGCAUUCCCCUCGGGUCUCACCAGAAAUGGGGAGGCACACAUGCUGCUACAAGCAAAAGCUGAGGAAAGGCCUGUGGUCUCCUGAGGAAGAUGAAAAGCUCAUCAAGCACAUAACAAAAUAUGGCCAUGGGUGUUGGAGCUCUGUCCCCAUACAAGCAGGACUUCAGAGGUGUGGGAAGAGCUGCAGGCUGAGGUGGAUAAACUACCUGAGGCCUGAUCUUAAGAGAGGGUCCUUCUCAAAGCAGGAGGAGAAUCUCAUAAUUGAACUCCAUGCAGUGCUAGGAAACAGGUGGUCGCAGAUCGCAGCACGCUUGCCGGGAAGGACCGACAACGAGAUCAAGAACUUCUGGAACUCCUGCAUCAAGAAGAUGCUCAAGCAGAGAGGGAUCGACCCCAACACCCACAAGCCGCUCGCGGAGGACAAAGUGGGGGAAGCCAAAGCCUCCAGGACCAGCGAAGGCACGUCCGGCUCCGUCGACCUCAAAGUUCCCGCCGCAGCAUUGGAGAGCUUGAAUGACGCAGCACGCGGACCGGCGUCGUCUUCAAUGCCGGUGUUCGAUACGUGCGCCGUCGAGAGGAAGGCAUCACCGAUGACCAAAUGCUUCUUCCUCGACCAAUUCAUUACCAGCCAAAGCAGCUCCGAUCCAGUGAGUGUCUUCCCCCUAGCACAGUUGAGCUUUGCCACUGACUGCAGCAGCAGUGAGACAGCCCUGGCCGACCUAUCGGCCUGUCCGAAUCCUCUCUGGCUCAGCCAUAACAGUAGGCUGCUCGAGAUGAAUCAGGACUUCCAUCGCAACACAAUAUCCACAUGCUUACCAUCAGUUCCAACCACAAUCCUAUCCACUUCAAUGGAUAAUUCGGCACAGAUCUGCGCUGGUAUCGAUGGCAUGCAGUACAGUGAUGCUGUUUACUCCGGAAAUAGUAGUCGGAGUAGUAUGAACAGUUCUGAUACAGUAGAGAUGCAGAACAGCAGCUCCUUCCACAAUGACAUCUUUCUUUGGCCGGAGUCAACGCCGGACAAGGAUGCCCAGGUCCAGUUUGAAAAGGAGCCCGAGGACCUCAAAUGGUCGCAGUAUCUCGACGGCGCCUUCCCGGUGUCAGCAGCCACCCAAAGCCAAAGCCUAAGCCAGCCUCUGCAUUGUGACGUCAAGGCAGAAAGCCCAUCUGUGUUCAGUGAUCUAGUAUCCUGGCACCAAAUCCAGCAGCAGCUACAGUCUUCAGACAUCUACGGCAAGGAUUUCCAGAUGUUAUCCGUGGGAUUCGGACAAGUAUAGAUCGUGAAAGACUACACAGAGCAUGGAAAGUUACAACUCAAUUUGCAAGGUUUGGGUGACAGAAUUUUCCUGAUUUUUUUUACAGGUCUGUGUGCAUUGAUUUUUCUUGUGUGAAUAGAUAUGGUAAUAAGAGUGCAAAAUAAAGCUUGUUACAGUCUUGAGUCCCUGUACUUCUUCUAAUGUUCUUCUUGCUCUCAGUGACUUGCAAGCUCAUAUAUUAACUUCUCUAUCCUUCAA